UCGUGCUGCAAACAGAUAACACAUUACGCUAGAAUUUGUACUGACAACGUGUUUAAUAACCGGCAAAAUGUUUAAUUCAAUUUCGAAAAAUAUCCUCCUGUUGGAUAUUGUUCGGUCAAAAAAUGUUUGCACGAACGAUUUCCGUAAAUAGACAAUAUUAGUAAAAAUUGCAAUAAAUUGAUAGGGUUGUCGAAAGUGAAUAUAAAAAUUAUACGGAAGUGACACGUGUGUGAGAAGUAGAGAGCGCAGUACAGGGUGCGCAGUAACACUGACUAGCCCUAUAAAGGGAAGGGAAUACGCGUCCCAUUCACAAGUAAGCCGACGUCGACGUCACUGCAAAGUUGGGAGUAGCCGGGCACAACUUUCAGUUGCGCUCCCGAAUUCUUUUCGUGAAGUGUUUUGUGGUACUUAUACAAUGAAAGCUUUCCUCUACAUGGUCGCUGUGGUACUAGCGUGCGAUGUCGCCAAUUCUUUGUUUUUACCGAGCAAAGAUUAUGGGCAAAGAAGUUCUGCGUCAGCGUUGUCCCGUUUCUCCAGAAUACGACGACUGUCCAGACCAGCACAUCGGAUCAUAAAUCCUGAUGAAGAUUGUUUCCUAGUGACAUCAGAAGAAGGUGAAUUGUUUUAUAAGGCACCAACAGAUGAUCCAGUCGUGUGUGGUAUCUACAUUAUAGCUGAACCUGAUAAACGGAUCGAGGUCAUCUUUAAUUACCUCGACGUGCCCUGCGAAAAUGGUGGUUUAGUUGCGUGGGUCGAUGGAUGGGAGCUGAAUGGCCAAGUCUGGCCAGCAGACUCGUGGGAUGACGACCGAGUAGUGGAGUCCUGUGACCAGAGACCUUCAAGGAAACUGGUGUCCAGGCAAAAUGCUGCUCUCGUGCAGUACCGAGUCCCUGCUAGAGGAAAAGGAUUCGCCGUUACCAUACGACACUUGAAGAAUACUAAGCCAUGCAAUGUAAUGCUGUUCGGUGCUGAGGGAGUGUACACACUUCGCAAUCAUGGUGAGACUGGUAAUUGCUCCAUGCUGGCUGUCUCUCCGGCAACAGUCCACGUACUAGACCUGAACGUAGGCGUGACCAUCAAGAAAGGACGCCUUCUCGAAAUGGAAACUGGAACUAUUCAUCACUGCACAAAGCGCGGCCUGUCUGAUUAUGUGGACAUUGGAGGCGCCAACGGACUCGAUCACACCAAAAUGGAAGUCCAGGAUAGUGUGUGUGGACUCGACUCUAAUGAAGCUCGGCGUCCGGCUUUCAUCGCUUGCGAGGACACUGUGGUCCGGCUGGUGUCCAGCGGCCGGUACCACAACUCUGUCACCCUAGCCUUCGCCCCCCUCCCCCUCGAGGACAUCGAACACGCUGACCUCAUGUGCGGACUUAAUGACCUGUAAAUGAAACACGCGCUCUUCAAUGUAGCCUCUCGACUUUGGCUUCAGUGAUGAUGUUUGAAUCCAACAUUAAUUUAUGUCACGUUCUAUGACGAGUUCAAUCGUCAAGGCACGCGAAAAAUUUGUUAACUGACCGUUGAUUUUUAUGUUCUCUUUUUCGGUUUAAAAUGCCGAUUGGAUGUAGAUAGAAUAGAAAUGAAACGCUGAUGUUACCCAUUGUCUAUACAAUAUCACUACUUUAUCGGUAGAUUUAUCUGUAUUAGAGAAUAUAAGUCCUAGAUUAUAGAUUACGUCAUCAAUUUCUAAUCGAUGAAAGUUUGAGUUGUAAUGGACUUAGUCUGUCAUCUUAAGCUCAAACUUUGUGAAACAGUCUGUGUCUGUUAGAGGUAAGUUGCACUAGUUAGUGUCGGUACCAGAUUAACUAGGAUCCUGUUCGGACGCGCGCUCGCAUCGAAUAAAGGGAUCAUUAAACGAUGGUUAUAAUUUAAUACAAAGUGUCACUUACCCCUAAUAGUAUUGGAAACUUGUCGGAUUAAAUAUAAGUUAAUAUUAUUAGUAGAUACCAUCGCAACUUAAUGUAGCAUUAAGGAACUAAUUGGUAAUAUUUUUUCUGUAAUGUUACGUAGCUCGUGUGUUACCGAAAUAAAAUAAAAACGUUUAUUACCAAAUUCAGUAUCAGUAUCUAGUCAAGCAUUAAGACGAACGCGUUAAAUGUUAACGCUCUAGCUAUUUGUCAAUAAAUAAAUGUACAUGUUGAA